AAGCACCGCCCGGCCGGGGACACGCCAGGUGGAGACGCGAGCGCUCCUUCAGAUGUGACUGAAGGCGGGAGGAUGAAGCAGAAGUUUCCUCGGUAGCUUUGUUUUUCAGCGCGUAGACAACAACAACAACAACAACAACAGUCCGGAUAACAUGAUACAAAGUAACCCGUCGGCUCCGGAGCGAAUGAAUAUCUCAGCGGUGUCUCGGUGAUAUCUCCCCCCGGGUAACACCAACGGUUUCCCGUCAGGGUUCCUCGCUUCUGUCGCUGACUAGCGGAGCGACUGGUUCCAAGCUGCUAAGCUAACGUUGGCUUCCACGUCAGGUUUUUACGUGAUUCCACUGGUUUUAACAGAUUUUAACAGCGGGAUGGCAACGAGGAAACCUAAAGAUACUGAUGUCAGCCUCCCCUUCGCCGCCCUCCAGCUCCUGGCCCCCCCCAUGCGCCUGGUGUCGGCGGCCCUGUGGAAGGCGCUGAAGCAGCGGGACGUGAUGCAGUACGGGACCGUGGAGGAGUUUGUGACCCUGGCCUGUGACUCUGUCCCCGGGAUGCUCACCGUGAGGCACCAGGGCAAGCUGACCCUGGGGCUGAGAGGACGGCUGAUCUUAGAGCUUCUUCGUGGACAAGAACCUGAUGUGACACUGAUUGAGCUUCACAUGAAAAGGAUCCGUGCUCCGGCCGCCCCUUCCUCCUCCUUGGCUGCUGCUGUGAGGAAGGACGUAAAAAUCGCCAAAACAGUGGAAAGCUUCCAUUCAUUUGUUCACGCGCUGCUGACAGACCCGGCAGAGAGAGAGCAGUUCUUCAAGGAGGAGUUUCCUGUGGAGUACGGUCCAAAGUAUGACGAGGAGCUGGAGAAGCUGCUGUGGGAGUUUUUGAUUCGACUGGACCAGCUGCUGCCAGUUCCCAACCUAGCUCAGACUGUGUCGUGGCUCAGUGAUUCCCCCCCGGUCCUGGAGGAGUGCGCCCGGUCAGCCACCCAGCCGCAGCUCCUCAACAUUUUGCUUCAGCAUCAAUCUUGUCUCGGUCAUCUUGAGCCCGCAGCAUCUCUCCCUCCAAACAUGGGAGACUCCAUCCUGGAUUCACUUUCUCUGCCACCGUCUGGAAGAGUGGCUUCAAAUCCAGGAGCCGCCAAAGCUUCUGCAGGGAAUCAGGCCGGGAAAGGCAAGACACCGUUUAUACCUGUUAUUGGACUCAUAAAUAACGAGGACGUACCGGUCAUGGUCUCGGCCAGUAAACGGGCAGCCACCUCCAAAGAUGCAACAAACUCAAAGUUCACUGUGGUAAAAGAGAGACAGAAACCCAAUGAUGGAGGGAGAGAGGGUGAAGAACAGCUGGAGGGGGAGAGGGAAGUCUCCAACAGCAGCAGAGGAACGAAACGCAAACAACCUGACAACAGACAAAGUGAAUUCGACGAGGAUGAGGAGGAAGAAGAGGAAGACGACGUUGCAGGCGUGACAAAAUCUGGGAAGAGGAAGAUGAGCAGCGUCAGGCAGGGAAGCGGUGACCAGAGAACAAGUGAGAGUGAGGAAGAGCAGCUGAACGGAGCAGCACUGGCAUCGAGCAUGACCCGGCUGGGCGUCCAGAGUCUCCACCUGCCGGACGACCCGUCCCUCUGCUCCCUUUUCGAGUGUUGUCUGAGAAAACAAGCCAGGAUUAUCAUCGAAAAACUGCCAGUGGCGUCUGCCGGUGCCAGCAGGACGGGCGGAGGAGCAACAUCGUUCUAUAACGAGGACGUACCGGUCAUGGUCUCGGCCAGUAAACGGGCAGCCGCCUCCAAAGAUGCAACAAACUCAAAGUUCACUGUGGUAAAAGAGAGACAGAAACCCAAUGAUGGAGGGAGAGAGGGUGAAGAGCAGCUGGAGGGGGAGAGGGACGUCUCCAACAGCAGCAGAGGAACGAAACGCAAACAACCUGACAACAGACAAAGUGAAUUCGACGAGGAUGAGGAGGAAGAAGAGGAAGACGACGUUGCAGGCGUGACAAAAUCUGGGAAGAGGAAGAUGAGCAGCGUCAGGCAGGGAAGCGGUGACCAGAGAACAAGUGAGAGUGAGGAAGAGCAGCUGAACGGAGCAGCACUGGCAUCGAGCAUGACCCGGCCGGGCGUCCAGAGUCUCCACCUGCCGGACGACCUGUCCCUCUGCUCCCUUUUCGAGUGUUGUCUGAGAAAACAAGCCAGGAUUAUCAUCGAAAAACUGCCAGUGGUCUCUGCUGGUGCCAGCCGGACGGGCGGAGGAGCAACAUCCUUCUAUAAGGAGGAGAAUCAGAGGAGGAGGUCACCGGUCAAAGCUCCGACUCACAAAAGCAGGAGCUUCCAACUGGAGAAGCCGAACUCAGGCAGUUCUGGCUUGGAUGACAAAGAGAAUCAUCCUCUCUUGUCGAGUGCAAGCGGCUCCCCUCGCCGGCGCACUAACACAGAGACGCCGGCCGCUGCAGGAGGAAGUGAAGACUACGUCGCUGAUUCUGAGGAUGAGGCCACAAAGAACUUCAAAGGGAGGCUGUUCAUGAAGCGCUACUACAAGACCAAGCACGGCACAUACGUUCCCACUCUGAGGGAGUACUGGAAGCCCGGGGGGGCUCGGAGAGACUUGCUGUCGCCUGCCAGUAAACGCAGGUGAUGAAACUUCACCGCCAAGUUUAGUGAACGCCAGGAUCAGGACUUUCUGACGGAGCAACCAGCUACUUAAAGUUAUCUCGAGUUAAAGCUGUAACUGUUAUGAACUUCAGUACUUAAUGUCAUCAUGGAGAACGUGCCCUGACAUGGCAUUGACACCGAUUAUGGCCAAUGUCAUGCAAAUAUUAGUUUUUCAUAUUUUAGACCAUUAUUGUACAGUUAAAGUGUAAAUAUAUAUCGGACAAUAUCUAUUAUUUCUGUAACAAAUACAAUUUUUAUACAUUUCAAAGACGUGUAUGUAACAUGUUCUAAUAAAGGUGUAGUGAAAUUGUGAAAAUGUCA